CGAUUGGCCGCCUGCUGCGUGUCUCGCGGAGGCGCGCACGCUCGGCCCGCCCCCGGAGGCGGGCGUUGCCCCGCGUGGCGCGGCCAAUGGACCGGGGGCGGCUCAUUCGCGCCAUGUCCGAGCACCACUGCAGAUCCUCGUUCCUCAUCAAAGACCUGCUCUCCGACGUCAUCGACAGGCCCCCGCAACUGCCCCCGCAGCUGCCUCCAGAGCCAGGAGAUUCUCGUUGCGAGGGUGCAGGCGUGUCGGCCGAGUACGAAGCGGCCGUGUCGGCACUGCUGCAGCACCCUUUGAGUUUGGCGUUGCGUCGCGGCAGCAGCGUGUCCCGAUCGCCGUCGCCGUCGCAGGCGUCGCAUCAAGCGUCACGCAAACCGCGACGCCGACGCACCGCCUUCACGCACGCACAACUCGCCUACCUGGAGCGCAAGUUCCGGUGUCAGAAGUACCUCUCGGUGGCCGACAGGGGCGACGUCGCCGACGCCCUCAACCUCAGCGAAACGCAGGUCAAGACCUGGUACCAAAACAGAAGGACCAAAUGGAAGCGGCAGAACCAACUUCGUUUGGAGCAAUUGCGGCAGCAGGCGACGGCUUCCUCGUCUUCGGCGGCGGCAAAUGAAGGCCCAAAGGAGGCUGAUGCGUGUUGUCCGGCCGCCUCGCCGUACCUGCUUGAGGUGGGUCGGGCGGCCGUGUUGGCCGCCGGCCUGCCCUCCCUGUUCCGCACCGUUCCCUACUUCAAUUGAAAAUAAAUUGGGAAGAAAUUUGAAAAAGAGAUCGAUUUGUGCAAAGCGAAAUUUUCCAUUCUUUCCCGGUGAAAAACUUUUCGCAUUUGCAUCAUUCGCGUCGGCCGCAAGGGGAAGAAGAGAAGUGGAGGCCCCGCGGAGAAAGAAGGGAAGAAAAAAAAUAAUGUUUUGUGAGUGUGUGCGGGAGCGAGGAGCGUCGUCGUGGAGCAGGGCGAGUGAGACGGACGAGUUUGUGAUAGGCAGGCCAUUAAAUUAAGCCGGUUGACUCGACUCUUAAGACGACGGGCGGCCUGUCUGCAUUUAUUUAUCAUUGUGUCCUUCCUGCUUCUCAACCUAAAUCAUUGUCUGUGCACCUGUGCGUGUAACAAUAACGAAUGAAUACAUAACAAACGGAGAAAUAAAUCAUC